CAAGUGAAAACUCGGCGGCCGAUGAACCAAGAGACCCACGACGACCAGCCAACACUGCCCCACCUGGAUGGCAACGUCCAUCACAAGUACGAGAUAGCGAUGCAAGAGCUGCACUCGAUCAAGGGCCAGCUCCACACGAGUCUUCCAAUGCCAACGCCAGCCAUCCAAGAGCCGCGUGCAAGCGCUGUCGAGCACGAGCCGCCGUCCCCCGAGAAGAAGCUACAGAUUGCCGAAGCCGUCAUUCGGAAGCUCUACAAGAAGAACCUCGACUUGGAGAAGGCGCUGGCCGCGACCAAAGUCCAAGCCGCCGCUUGCCCUGCGACACCGCCGACGUCGACGCUGGUGCAUCCGCCAACGGUCUCGACGGUCGAGGCGAUUGGCACUAAGAAGGACGAAUACCUCCAGUUCCUUGCCGCCGAGCAAGACAAGACGAUCCGAGAGCUGCGUGCCAAGGUGGACGAGCUCCUCAAAGCGCGCCCCGAGACCGUAGGCGACGAGCACACGCACUUGAUUCAAAACCUCAAAUAG